AUGCGUUCUCUGGUUGGGGACAUGAAAAUCGACGACAAGUUCUUUAAAGAGAUGUUCUUAGAACGUCUGCCGACGUCUGUACAAACAACCUUGGCCUCUGGCUCCGACGACCUAGAAAUAUCAAAGUUAGCGGAGAUGGCUGACCGUAUGAUGGAGGUUGAGCGUUUGUCAUUCCCGACGAUUGCUCAGGUGUCCCAGCCUCUCAACGUGUCCACCUCUGACCUGGCUGAACUAAAGACACAGAUUGCCCAGUUGUCAGCGACUGUUGCCGCUUUGCAGCUGCGCCGAUCCCCCGGUCCCUCUCGACGUUCCUUCGGCCGUGACCGUCGUCGUUCCCGCUCUCGCCCCAGGACCGCCAACCUAUGUUGGUAUGACGUCAACCAUGGCGACUAGGCGCGGCGCUGUGUUCCACCCUGCUCCUUCAAGUCCACGCAGGGAAACUCCUCGGCCGGAGAGUAAAUGCGGCCGAGCUCUCUGGCAACUCUACGGGUCGCACAUUUUACGUGAGUGAUAACACGAGUGGCAGGCAUUUUUUAGUCGACACUGGCGCUCAGAUUAGUGUUAUCCCUCCCACGCCAGCCGACUGACGUUGCCCAAACCAUGGUCUUUACCUUCAAGCCGUAAACUCAUCCCCUAUUACAACCUUUAGAUUUCGAUCCCUCUCCCCGGAUAUUGGUCUCCGGCGAUUAUUCCCCUGGAUAUUUGUGGUUGCUGAUGUUCCCACCGCUAUCCUUGGUGCUGAUUUUUUGGCCGCCUUUGACCUUCUGGUGGAUUGCAGACAUUUUCGCCUCCAUGAUCGCGCAACUACCCUCACCGUCAAAGGAUUUCCUCCAUCCUCAGCUUCUAACCAGCUCUCCGUCCUUGACCCAAACCCUGACUGUCCAUUUUGUAGACUUUUAGCAAAGUAUCCUACCCUCAUUAAGCCCCAUUUUUCUGACACCUCAUUUCCCCAUGAUAUUGUUCAUCACAUAAAAACGACUGGUCCUCCCGUUUUCUCUCGUCCCCGCCGUCUUGCUCCCGCGUGUCUUGCGGCUGCUAAAGCAGAAUUUGACCACAUGCUGCAACUAGGGAUUAUUCGACAGUCUGACAGUCCCUGGGCAUCUCCUUUGCACAUGGUUCCUAAACCAAAUACGGAUGAUUGGCGUCCUUGUGGCGAUUAUAGAGCCCUAAACAAUAUCACUAUGCCCGAUCGGUACCCCGUUCCUCAUCUUCAGGACUUUGCUGGAGCCCUUUUCGGCAAAACCGUUUUCUCGAAGAUCGAUUUGUUGCGGGCUUUUCAUCAAAUUCCGAUUGCGGCUGAGGACAUUCCCAAAACGGCAGUGACGACUCCUUUUGGCUUGUUUGAGUUCCUUCAUAUGCCAUUUGGUCUCCGAAAUGCCUCACAAACUUUCCAACGUUUCAUUGACCGUGUUUUACGCGGCCUUCCAUUUGUUUAUGUGUAUAUUGAUGAUGUUAUCGUCGCCAGUCGAGAUGCCGAGGAACAUCUCCAACACCUUACCCUGCUUUUCGACCGAUUUCAGCAGUUUGAUGUCACCCUGCAUCCUGCCAAAUGUGUCCUAGGAGUCACUUCUUUUGAGUUCUUAGGUCACCUGAUAGACUCAAACGGCAUUCGGCCUCUUCCCUCAAAGGUUGCCGCCAUUCGGGACUUUCCACCCUCUACCUCGAAGCGUCAGUUGCAACGGUUUCUUGGUAUGGGGAACUUUUAUCGCCGGUUUCUCCCGAACUGUGCCGAUACCAUCCUUCCUCUGGCCAGUCUCCUCUCGGGUUCUAAGCGCACCUUUGAACUUACACCAGCAGCACUCACGUCAUUUGAGCAGGUAAAAGCCCUCUGGCUGACGCCACCCUCCUGACUCACUUCCAUGCUGAUGCACCCAUAUCUCUGAUGGUCGAUGACUCCAAUGUUGCUGUUGGCGCGGUUCUUCAACAAAGUCUGCCAGAUUCUACUGUGCCUUUGGCUUUCUUCUCUAGGAAACUAUCCAAGGCCGAAACCCGCUAUAGCACAUUCGGACGUGAACUUCUCGCUGCUUAUCUUGCCGUAAGGCCCUUCGGGCCUUUACUCGAAGGCCGAGAGUUCACAAUUUUCACUGAUCAUAAGCCACUCACGUUUGCAACGCAUUCCCACUCUGACAAGCUAAGCCCCGGGGAGAUCCGUCACCUGGACUACAUUUCGUAGUUCACUUUAGACAUCCGCCAUAUUGACGGGUCACGGAAUGAGGUGGCUGACGCAUUCUCCAGGCCCUCUAUUGCUCAUCUUCAGCUUUCACCCGGGAUAGACCUCGCUGAGAUGGCCGCUGAACAACGCCGUGUCGGUCCACCCUGUGAUGGGGAUGUUUCCGGACUCCAUCUUCAGGAGCUACCACUGACAACUGGCAACAGCACUAUUCUAUGCGACGUAUCCACCCCAUCCCAUCGUUUAUUUGUGCGACCAUCCCUCCGACGUAAAGUUUUCUCCUCCCUGCACAAUCUCUCUCACCCUGGGAGUCGAGCAACCGACAAGCUGGUUUCCGACCGCUUCGUCUGGCCUGGGAUGCACAAAGACCUGAAAGCAUGGACACGGGGUUGUAUCCCCUGUCAACGGAGUAAGAUCCAGCGGCACAACAAGGCCCCCAUUGGCACCUUCCCUGGUCCUGGUUCAAGGUUCAGCCACAUUUACCUGGACAUUGUAGGCCCCCUGCCUAUGUCCAAUGGUUGUUCUUAUCUCCUCACCUGUUUUGGUCGGUUCGCUCGGUGGUCUGAAGCAAUUCCCCUGCCUGACAUUGCUGCUCCAACGGUGGUCAAGGCUUUUCUCAGUCGUCGGGAUGCUAUCUUUCGUGCACCCUCCACAAUCAGGACUGACCGUGGUGCCCAAUUUGAGUCUAACCUCUUCCAGUCUUUACCCUCCUUUUUAGGCUGUACCCGCAUCCGGACGACAGCCUAUCACCCGACUGCUAACGGGAUGAUCGAGCGGUUUCACCGCCAGCUGAAGGCCUCCCUACGCGCAGCGGCCGAUCCGGAGAACUGGACGGACCACCAUCUCCUGGUCCUCUUGGGCAUCCGCUCCGCUCUGAAGCUGGACCUUGAUUGUUCCGCAGCUGAACUGGUGUUCGGCUCCACCGUCCGACUCCCGGGUGAGAUGAUCUCGCCAACCCCUCAAGGUGCAGUUGAGGAUCCUACCAACCUCCUGCAUCGCCUCCGGCAGUUUAUGCGGACACUUUCUCCGGUUCCGCCCAGGUCCUCCGCCUCUCCGUCUUAUCUCGAGAAGGACUUGGCAACGUGCUCUCACGUCUACCUUCAAUGUGAUCGAGUCCGCCGACCCCUGGAACCACCCUACGAUGGCCCCUUCCGAGUUAUCUCUCGUGGGACGAAAAACUUCCGCAUCCAACGCGGCACUCGCGAGGAGGUCGUGAGUGUGGACCGCCUCAAGGCUGCCGUCCCUGACACUCCUCCGGAUGAGCCCUGUGGUCCUCAACCUUCUGCUUCCCCCAUGCAGCCUCUAUUCCACAGUCCCGUAUUUUCCCUCUGCCUUCCUGUCCGCUACCUUCGACUGCCACCACCAACUCCAACACUUCCGCUACCAGACGUAUUCACUCUUCUACGGACCCUGCAUAUAUCACUCGCAGUGGUCGCCAUGUACACUUUCCUGGUCGAUUGGUCACGCACUACUUUUAGACCUGUACACAUCCUUCGGCGUCGUUUUCGCCGGCCUCCGGUCUCGGAGGGGGGUACUGUGCCGAGGCGCCAGACUAUCUUGCCUUUCCCUACCUGUUCCUCAUUCUUGAACUUACUGGUUAUUUAACUGAAUGGAAUGAACACAACUCGACGCGACGCGCUAGGCAUGAGUGGGAUUGUCAGGUCGUUUGACUUUUGAUUAUUAAUUCUUUCAUAACUCUGGUCUUAUCCUGAUUUUCAUAGUCUGGGAUUGACGGUUCUGUCUUUAGCGCUCGCUUAAGUGACAUUUGACAACUUUACGCCUACGUGCAUGCCAAAACAUCUAUGUAUCAUGCCAAUCACCCGCAGUCAUCAUAAAAAUAAUUUUCACGAAACCUACAUCGGAAAUAAAACAUCCUGCUUUUUUUUAAAAAAAGGGUUGUAAUUUGUGGCGUUUUGGAUAGCAAUAAAGAGGAUGAGUUAAAGGUUCCACACAGCAAGCUUUCGAGUCACUUAGGAUUAGCGUUUGUCAACCCGUCGCGACCGCAGGAUGGCAGCGGGUGACUGCACUGUGGAUAACAAUUAACGGUCAGGCACCUGUGGUGAAAAUGACGAGAAGCGAAGUGAACAUUUCCGGUUACAAUGCGCACUCGCUCAAAUAUUCCGCUAAUCUCAUGCGGGCCCACUCAAUGUUUACACCCGAGUCUAUUAAUCCUCGACCAACGACCUUAUUAAAUCACUGUACGUCCAUUCAUGGUAGAUGAGACGGAAAACAAGCAGACAAACUUAACAAACGACUGGCUGUACGUCUUUUAAUGUAUCUAAGCCCACAAUACCGCAAGCAUAUAACUUUAAGAAGGCCGAAGGUAGAAUGCUCAUGCUCCCAUAAGUAGUUGUUUUAGAAUUUAGCGAACGCCUAAUGCCCAGGUCUAACACCAUAAGAGAGUUCAUUUCUGAGUGACUUUUAAGAAAGUUAAGUAAAAACGUAAUAUUAAAGCCUAAACGUCGCCCGAUUUAUUGUUUCAUUUAUAGGAAUUCACGAUCGUCAACUAUACGUGACAGAAGUGCAGUUCCGCAGCCUGCCGUUAGAACAGUCAUUGCCUAGGUCUCAGCGACACUUUGGUACGAAUUUGGAGGUAUGAAUACAUUUUUAGACUAAAUCUGCUUGAAGUGAUUUCAGUCUAUCAUGCAGAAUAGGAUAGGAACAUGUGCAUAUGCCCUCCAAAUACCCGCUUUUAAUGGAGUUGUGCUCGCCUAGGUUUUACUAUUUAUUUGCAUGACUAAAAAUCCUUCAUUUUAAUUCCAACUAGGAAGGAUCUCUUAGACCUUUUCGAGGAGGACAGUGGAAGUGUCGCAGGACUGUAUAUGGACCGAGAGCUCCAAUUUUCAUAG